AUGCCGGCACGCCUCGCACAGACCUCCUCGUCCGCCUCCUCAUCGCCCGGCGCGCUCCCCUACCCGACCGCGUCGGCUUCGGGCUCGCGGUCGGGUUCGGUCUCGGCAUCCACGGCCUACCUGGCGACAGAUCGAUCACCACCACCGCCCCCACCACCACCACCAUUAUCCUCAUCAUUCCCAUCCACCCCCGUGCCCCCAUCCUCCACACAUGCCCCCUCAUCCUCUUUGGCUUCCACAUCCGCACCACCUGGUCAACCCGGCUCGGUGUUGGCCCUCGAUCCAUUCGCACCCACGUCAUGGGCACUGGACCCGACGACCUGGAGCAACGAACCGCACGCGUCAACGUCGUACAACCCCGUCUCGGACUCUCCUUUCCGUUUCUCGCCGUUGCCCCUCCCGAGCCCAAACCUGCUCGGUGUUCUCACCCCUGCCAACCACACGCCAGCAAUCGCCACAUCAUCACUCGCCGCCAACAUCGCUACUACGGUCCACCCCCAACCUGUACCCCAGGAAGUUUCCCCUUCGAUCCACCCCUCGUCGACGCACUCCUUUCUCAACUCGCACGACUACCCUGCGUCAUUCUUUUCGCUGCUCACCUCGCCACCGACCCAAACGGCCGAGCUCGGCGACGGCACCGCGGGCGGCGCGGCCGGCUCAUCCUCUGCCGAACUUACCCAUGUAACACCCCUGCCUGAUGUGAAGCCUAAGCUCGACACCCCAUCAGUCCUCAGUGAGGGUCACGACCACGUCAACCUCGGUGGCAUGCACAACUCCCACGCGGACGGCAUGACGCACCCCUCCUUGAUGUUCGAAUUUGACCCAAUCUCGACGACGCAGAACCAGCGCCAGCCCCAGUUCCAACAUCAUUCUUCCCACCUCUUUAACAGCCACCCCAGUGCGUAUUCAACUUCGCCCUCGACGUCGCAGUGCUACUCUCCAGCCGAGUUUGCCAACUUGUUUGCGCUCGCGUCCAAGUCGAGCGCCUUCUCGGUUCCUUCAGCGACCGUCACUCCGUUGGCUGCGGCCGGCCUCGAGCAUCUGUCCGACCUCGACCACAAAGGACCAAGCGCCAGCGACUCGAUCGACUUGAGCCAAUCCCUGUUUGAACGACUGCAAUCUUCGACCUCGGCGCAUCUCAUGGGUGGCUACGCGCCUUCGGCCUUUUCGUUCCAAUCCGAUUUCGACCACCUUACGUCAGGGACCGGCGGCGAGGACACGCCCGCGACCUCAAUCGACGAGACCAUGCCGUCCGGCCAAGACUCCAAAGCUUUCUUGGACAACAAUGGCGUUUUCCUCCCACAAUCGCUGUUGGACGGUGGUUUGCACGAGGGCGACCCCCUCGGCCUUGGAAGGACCUUGAUGUCCUCGCCGGGGUCCAACGACUCGAACGAAGCGGAACUCGCCCAAUCCGUCGGCACAACUGUGUCGUCGAGAUCCAGUUCUCGCAAGCGGAAACAGUCCAGGGCAGCCAACGAGGCAGAGCAGACUGUUGAGCAUCUGCAAACGGGACAGGGACAAGGGCAGGGCCAGCGAAGGUCAAGGACGAGCUCCGGCAAUACCACUGCCACCGACGCCGAGCGACUCGCGCCCUGGAACGCGAGUCGACGAGGCGCCACCGAGCAGUCAGAGCCGAGCACAAGCUCUCACACAACGAACGGAGACGCGAAGUCCACGACGACGGCGACAGCGACAGCAGCGGCAAAGGCGAGUACAUCGGCAUCAUCACGAGCGUCAAGGAAAAAGAAAAGUGCUAGCAACAAGACGGCUUCCCCCGAAGCGUCGUCUCGCAAGCGCGGAGGCUCCGAGGUUCCAGCCGUUGAGGACGAUCUCACGAUCCGACCCUAUGCGUGCAAUUGGCCGCAGUGUCCCGCAAGACUGCGGUCCCUCGAUCAGCGAAGUUCCAGUCGCUCUGGCUCAUCGAGCACUUCGGUCCCUAUUGAAGACGAUUUGUCGACACCACCCUCGGAGGACGUCCGGUUCAGGACGAUUCGGGAACUGCGAGAGCAUUGUGCGGAACACACACGAGAUGGGUUGGAGGGCGGAGAGACACCUUUCAGGUGUGCCUUGUACCCAUGUGACAAGACGUUCAAGGUAAGCUCCUGGCUUUGCAUAUCGCACCCCUCUGCACCACGGAUGCUGACCGGACGCACUUCAACCCCUUUUUCCCCCAGUCCCUCGCGGGUCUACGGUUCCACUUCCAGAACGCCUCUACGAACGGUCACUUUUUCGUCUCCUGCGAGGACGAGGAACCCGCCACGACAGAGGAGGUACCACCGCCGAAGAAGUUCAAGCUCUGUGUGCAACCUUCGGGGAGAUCCGAGAAGUGUCCCAUCCGAGGGUGCGCUAAGGCAUUCCGACAACCCGCUGGCUUGAGCUAUCAUCUCGCGCAUACGCCCAACCACGACGUCUCGGAGAGCAUGUUCGCCAGUUUUUCGGGUACCUUGCAGAGCAAGACCAAAUGGUGGUUCGCCAAAGUCGGUCGCACCUUCGUCACAGGCUGA